UAAAAACAUGUCAGCCUCCGUUUGUUACUCGAAGAUAUCUGGCUGCAUUUUGCAGCGGUUUUCAUGCCACCAUAGAUCAGCUUUUUAUAGAUGCUAUCGACAAUCCGUUAAAGAUGUUAUUAGUAUAUUGCCUAAUAAAACUGGAGUUCCUGUAAAUAUACGAGGUUGGCUUCGCAAUGUCAGAAAACAGAAGCGUGUGCUUUUUUGCAAUUUGAAUGAUGGAUCCUGUUAUGAAAAUCUACAGAUUGUGGCUGACCCGUCCAUAUGUCAAAGCGAGUUGUCACCAGGGGUCAGUGUGGAGGUGACGGGCACUCUUGUCCCCAGUGUUGGUAAAGGUCAGGAGGUAGAACUACAAGCUGACUCCCUAACUGUGCUGGGACCAUGUGAUAAUGAGUUUUACCCAUUCAAGCCAAGGACAGAGUACACUCAAGACUUUUUAAGGAAUUAUCCGCACUUGAGAUGCCGCACUCUACACCAUCAAAACCUCCUUAGAAUAAGAGACUCCGCAACAAUGGCUGUACAUAAAUUCCUUCAGGAUAAUGGGUUUCUGUUUGUACACACCCCAAUAAUUACAUCAUCAGACUGUGAGGGUGCAGGUGAAAUGUUUCACAUAAAGACUAAUGAGGAGCUCAAGUCUUUAAACAGUGAGAAACCACAGCAGUUUUUUGACCGGCCCUCUUACUUGACUGUGUCAGGACAGCUUCACUUGGAGAUAAUCACUGGGGCAUUUUUGAGAGCGUACAGUUUUGGUCCAACAUUUCGAGCGGAGAAGUCCCCCGGUAGAUAUCACUUAGCAGAAUUCUACAUGAUAGAGGCUGAGAUAGCCUUCACCAAGUCUCUGGACUGUGUGAUACAGGUGAUGGAGGACCUUGUUAAAUCUGUCACCACCAGCGUGUUUGACAAACAUGAGUCUGCUAUACAGGACCUUUGGAAACAGUCCAAUGUUGAACACAUCUCGAGCAUUGCUGAUAGACUUACAAAAAACAAAUAUAUAAGGAUGACCUAUACAGAUGCAGUGAAUGUUCUAAAGCAAAAUUCUGAAAAAUUGUCUUCCAUACCAAAUUGGGGCUGUGAUUUGUCAAAGGAAUAUGAGCAGUUCCUAGUGCGAUACUGCGACAAUGUACCAGUGUUUGUGACAGACUUUCCUGCUGACUUGAAACCAUUCUACGCCAGAACAAAUUCAGAUGAAAAAACAGUUUCUGCAGUCGAUCUUCUUGUGCCUGAAGUUGGGGAGCUGUUUGGGGGAAGUCUUAGGGAAGAAAGGUUACAACCCUUGCAGGACAAACUAGAAUCUCUCGGCCUUAUGAAGAAUUAUCAGUGGUACCUAGACUUACGCCAGUUUGGAUCCGUUCCCCACGGUGGAUUUGGUAUGGGGUUUGAGCGAUACCUACAAUGUCUUUUGGGAAUUUAUAAUAUAAAAGACGCAGUUCCCUUUCCAAGAUGGGUUGGGCAUUGUCAGCUUUAGUGUGCACAUUUUCACUUAGACGUGUUAAUGGCUUGACGUGACAUACUCAAAGAUUGUUGAAAUGACAAUUUCCCAACGUUUUGUCACAGAUUCAAAAUAAAACAAAACUAUA